AUGGAAGGAAAAUAUUACGAGUUACAGUUAGAGUUGAGAGAAGUAACUGGCGCACCAGAAGGACCAGUCAGCUGCAGAGUAAAUGUAGGAGGAAUUGAAGACAUCUUAGAAGGAAGAAGUCCUUUAUCACUUAUUUUAGAUGACGUUAGUAGCAACACCAUGCUUUCUCUUGUAUUAGAGCAAGGAAGCGAAGUCAUAGGAGGCUUCAAAUUUUCUUUGUUGACUCUAUUCGGAGAAUCCCUCAGCGGAAAGGUAGAAAAAUGAAUCCGCCUCAAAGAAGAAACUGGAAAAGACGUAAGAAUCAAACUUGCAGCCAAUCUCCAAACUGCCAAAAUGGACACUCAACCUUCUCAACCAGAUGAAUCUUAUGCUAGAAGACCUCGAGAAGUAGAAGCAAAAUGUCCAUACGUAGAUCAUCUCGCAUCAGGCAAAAAACGCAACGAAGAACCAUUGGAGGAAAUUUGGAAAGAAAGGGUGUAUAAUUAUGAUCCGUUAGGAAAUAAUGUCAUAAGAAUCACACUAGAGCCAGAUGGAAGAUUCAAUCAAAAUUUAGAGCCUGUCCCUGUAAACUUAAACAAUUUAGAAGAACUUGAACUAGCAAGCUUAGAAGAAGCUGGAGGAAUUCAGCUAAAAAAGAUCAUUAAAGAGCUCAGCGAAAAGAUCAAAAAACCAAGAACGCAAGCUCAGCAGCUUCCUUAUUUAAGAAAUACUCUACAAGUAAAAAUAGGAGAAAGAAGAGAUUUACAGCAAUCAUUAGAAGAGUCUGCUAAUGAUUUAAAUAAGCAAGCUGAAGACAGGGUAGAAAAUAUACAAGAUUUAUUAAAAAAGAGGCAAGAAAUGGCUGAAAAAUUGUUAGAGAAACAGAAAAAGUCAAGGGAAAUCGAACAAGAAAUAGAUGGAAUUAAAGCUGAGGUUCAACAAGCUAAUAGAGACUUUUUAAGGAUCCAAGCUUUUAAUAAAAGAAAAAAUGAUGUCGAAGAAUUGGCUGGGAAAAUUCAUGAGCUGCUUAAAGAUAGUUUGGCAAAGGAAACUGAGCUAGAAAAAACAAUAAAUGAUGAAAAGGCAAAAAUGGAUGAAAAAAAGAAACUCAUCGAGCAAAAUCGUGACAAAUUAGCAGAUGAAAAUAAAACUAUCCAAGCACAAAUUUCAGUGGUUUCAGAAAAAUAUAAAAACUCUUCGGCAUUAAAUGAAGAGCUUAAAGAUAGGGUAAGAACUCUUAAACUUCAGUAUGGAGAAGGCCAGAACUACAAACAAGUUAUUACUGAAGCUCGAACCGCUUCUUCUCUUGAUGCUAAUAAGCGUGAGCAUGGCCAAGAAGCCUUAAAAGAGUUGGUAAAUCUCAUAGACACUCAAUCCUCAGAAUUUAUCCAAAAACAAAAAUCCCUGAUUGCUUCUAAAAAAUCUCAAACCCAAAAUAUUCUUGAAAUCGACCAAGACCUCAACACCAAAGAUCAACAAACCCUUGAGCUCAAGCGCAAACUUUAUCUUGCCUCAAAUAAUCAGAUAACCCUUGAACAAAUUUGUUGCAUAAAAGCUGAUCUUUCUCAAUUGAUUGACGAGCUUUCAAAACUUCACAAAAUCCACUCAGAAGGCCGUGACCACAUUUUGCGUGAUUUAGACUCAGGGUCUGAAUUCGUGCUUAAAGAAGCUGAAAAAAUCCUUGAGGAAGCUAGAAAUAUUGACCCUAUGAUAGAUGCUAUUGACGAAAAAGAUUUCGAGCUAGACAAUUUGAAAGGAAUUGUAGGAGAAAUUAAAGCAAGAAAUCCACCUUAUAUGCCUAAUAAAGACGACCCAUUAGAUAUUGCCCUUGGGGAAUAUUUGAACUCAAGGGACCGAGAUUUACCUAUACCAUUUACUAGGGAAGAUGAAGGGAUUUAUUUGUUUGGGACGAAAAGAGUGUUUUUGAAACUGGAAAAUGGGGAUAUUAAGAUUAGGGUUGGGGGCGGAUAUACCACUAUUGAUGAAUUCAUUGAAAUUUAUACAGAAAUUGAAUUAGAAAAUCAAGAGCAGACAUUGCAAGAAAGCUUGCCAAAAUUAUCGCAGAGCUUAUCAAGGUUCAGCCAGAAUCCAUCAGUAGGGAUGUCUCCUCAAAGAGCAGCGAGAAUUAUAUUUAUAUAUUGAUAGUGUUUAGCGUGCCAUAUCAUUAUGAAUAAUUACAACCUUGUCUUCUAAAUACAAAUUUUAGUGAAUCCAUCAAUCUCUUGUUUAUGCCCUUUAUAUCAGACAUUAUGGAGCUUUCUGCUUACUAGCCAUAUGUUUGCUAGGUCGCCAGACCUCACAGCUCGUAUUUCCAUCUCCGCGCUUGUUUUCUGUGCAUUUCGCCUAUAGAUCUUCUUCCUCGGAGUGCGGACAGCAAAACCCUAUUCUUCCUAAAAAUUCAAUGAUCAAAGUUUCCUUCUAAUACGUAUAGAAGUUUCUUUUCAAUAGCGCGAUAAGGCGCAUUCCUAGUUUUACCGGAUGAUCUUAAACAUAUGAAAACUUGCUAUUCUUUAUUCAUGGGGGAGAAAAAUAGCCUAAAUAAAGAAUUCUGCCUGAUCAAUCUCGAGAACUUGAAGAGAGGCUGUGCGAAAAAUUGACAUUUUGGUUCGUCAAAUGAAUCUGACGAGCCAAUUCUGGCCAGUACUUGAAAUGAAAAAUGGUAGUUGCCAGAAUUUUAUUAAUUUUUUGAUGGCGAGUAUGAUCAGAAUUUUAAUAAAUGGCACAGGAUCAGACAACUUAUUCCUUUCAAACCGAUCUAAUAAUUCCUUUGGUAAUAAUUACAACUGCUUUAUAAAAGUCAAAGUUUGUGCUAAGCGCUUAUUGUUCUUUACGAGAUUACUAAUGACUCAUAUGGUUUUCGUUAGAAAAUUAAAAUGGAGUUAAUAAUUAAAAAAACUUGUUGAUCGAGUUGUGUUUUUGCGGAAGGAUAGAUUUCUAAAUAAAUGAUGCCAAUUUAAUUAUGACUAGCUGCUUUAUAAAAGCCAAAGUUUGUGCUAAGCGCUUGUUGCUCUUUACGAACUUACUAAUGACUCAUAUGGUUUUCGUUAGAAAAUUAAAAUGGAGUUAAUAAUUAAAAACUUGUUGAUCGAGUUGUGUUUUUGCGGAAGGAUAGAUUUCUAAAUAAAUGAUGCCAAUUUAAUUAUGAAUAACUGCUUUAUAAAAGCCAAAGCUUGUGCUAAGCGUAAAAUUUUAUUCUUAUAAUAUUUUUUAAAUUUUUUUCAAAUGUUAAAAAAUAAAAAUUUUAAAAUAAUUAUAUCAAUAUAAAUAAAUUUUUUAUAAAUAAUUUUUAUAAAAUAAAAAAUAAUAAUUUUUCAAAAUUUAUUAUAUCUUUUAUAAAAUGGGACUUUAAUUUUAACAAUAUUUUUUAAGUGGGCUGUCUGUCAAGCAUAGGUAGCAACCCUAGGGUGGGGGUGCCAUUUGUAGGGGGGGGUGGGGGUGCCAUUUUUAGGGGGGGCGGUGGGGGUGCCAUUUUUAGGGGGGGGUGGGGGUUCCCUUAUUGGGGGGUUGGGGGUGUCCCCCUAAAAAUGGCACCCCCACCCCCCCCUAAAAAUGGCACCCCCACCCCCUCCCUCAAAAAGAAUAUUUUAAAUAUAAUCCAAUUAAAGUCUAUAAAUUGCUUUAAUAAUUACGAUUAAUUAAUAAAUUCAAAUUAAUUAAAAAUUAAUUAGGAAAUAUAUUAAAUUUGUUUUUUUAUAUUUAUAAUGCAAUGCCAAAGAUAUUGAUAAUGCCAGUAAUUAUUAAAUGAAUCAAGCACAAUACAAUAACUACAGAGUGCAGCGAAGAUGAAUACAGUGUAGGUAACUUCAAGAUGGAUGUAAUAUGAGCUAAUGCAGGAUAUGCAGAAGAUGGAUAAUUAGCUUAAAUAGUAGGUUUAAAAGUAAUCAAUUCAUAAAAUAAAAUUUUUGCGAAUUCAAGUAUUAAUUAUAUUCAUAUUUUCUUACAUACCAUGCCUAUAUCACAUCUUGAGUUGCCAUUAUUCUUUUUGAUUGUUUUUUAUAGCAUUCCAAAACUUCUUCUCUUCUUCCUAACUAUCUAACUCCCCCCAUUUAAAAUGGAACAAAAAAUUUUGUUCCAAUUUAAAGGGGGGUUAAUUUUUUUUUUUAAAAAAAAAUUAUAUAAAAAUUAAAAAACUUAUCGAAUUAGAUUAAUAAAUUUGUUUAAUAAAAUGCUAUUUACUCUUUAUCUUUUAAAACAAAGCAAGAUAUAACUAAAUUUUCAUUAUUAGUUAAUACGCCACUAUUAAUUGGUAUCAAAAAUUAUUUACACAAAAAAUUAUUAUUUUUAUUGAUAAAAAAAAAAUUUAAAAAAAAUUUUAGAAAAUUAUCGAUCAAAGUGCUAAUUUUUGUUUAAAUAAUAUGCUAUUUAUACUCUAUUCUUUAAAAUAAAACAAGAAAUUAGUAAAUUUUAAAAUUUAUAAUAAUUCCUAUUGAAUUUAUAUCAAAACUAUUUAAAUAAAAAAUAUCAUUUUUAUCAAAAAAGAAUAAAAAUUUUUUUGAAAAAUUUUUUAAAAAAAACAAUUAAUUUUUUUUAAAAUUUAGCAAUUAAGGAUAAUAAAUUUAUUUAAAUAAGAUGCUCUUUAUACUCUUUUCUUUAAACAAGAAUAAGAUAUAACUAAAUUUGUGAUUUUAGUUAAGAAGAAACAUUUAACUUAUAUCAAAACCUUUUACAUAAAAAUUAUUAUAAUUUUUUAUUAUAAAAUAAAUUUUGUUUCAAUUUAAAGGGGGUUAAUUUACCAAAAAAGUGGAAAUUUUACCUAUAUUUUGUUCCAAUUUAAAGAGGGGGGGGAGUAAGAGCAUUUCCUUUAUUAUAAUAAUAAUAAUCUCCACAAUUUGGAUUUUUUAAUUGCAUCGUUACAAUGUUUUAGUUUUUUUCAUAACUCUUUUCUUUAUAGAAGAUAACUCCUAUGCUAUUGUAUGCAUCAGCAUAAUUUGGAUCAACUCUGAUAGCUUAUUUAUAGCAUUCCAUAUCUUAUUCUCUACUGCCUAACUUAUAUAGAGCAUCUCUUUCAUUUGAAAAGCAAUGUGCUAAUAAAAAUAGUAUUUGAUAUUGUCAGUUUUACUUUUAGAUCUCUAAAUGGACUCUUUAGCCAUUGUUCCACAAAGUUCAUAAAUAUAUACAGGAUAUACUGCUAAUUAAUACCAAAGAUCAUUAUGCUUGUCAGCAAAUUUCUUCAAGAUGUUGGGUUCUUAGUAGUUAUAGGAAAUUUUCACUACUCCUUAAUCGAUUGCGCUACGCUAUAUGAUAUUGUAUAAAUCAGUAAUUUUUAAUAUCUAAAAUAAUAAUUUAUUUAUUACGCCUGCUCUAAAUUAGCAUUUGUGAUAUAUCUAUACUAUAUUAAGGGGGGGUGGGGGGUACCAUUAAAAAAGGGGGAGUGGGGGUGUAGGGUUGCUACCUGUGCUUGACCAGGCUGUCUGAUCCUGUGCCAUUUAUUAAAAUUCUGAUCAUACUUGCCAUCAGAAAAUUGAUAAAAUUCUGGCAACUAUCAUUUAUAAUUUCAAGUACCGGCCAGAAUUGGCUCGCGAGAUCCAUUUGACGAACCAAAAGUGUAAAUUUGCAAAUAGCCUCUCUUUAAGUUCUCGAGAUUGAUCAGCCAGAACUCUUUAUUUUCACUGUAUGACUCUCUUACAAAGAAUGAACAUAAAAUUUUCAUGUUCCAAAGACCUUUUAGUCAAACCAGGAAGCACGCCUUAUCGCGCUAUUGAAGAGAAAGUUCUAUAUGUGCUUUCUGGCAUAAGGGUUAUUGGGAAAAUUAAUCCCAUAAUAAUUGCCUGAGAAUGGAAAAGUCCUCAGCAGCGCCAUUUUAUUAUAGCAAGAAUUAUAUCAAAUACUGUUGAAGCGAUAGCAGAGGGAUCUCCCCUAAAGAAAAGCACACCUCAUAGGAGAGUACCAUCAGGGAAAUUUAAAUAA